AUGUGUCGCCGAUACAAUAUCGCCGAUAUUUUGGACGACAAUGAGUUUCCUCGCAUACACGAAACAAAUGCAAAGGAUUCGUGUGACUUGGUUCAGGAUUGUAAUGACUUGUUAUUAAGAGAUGCAUUUGUCGCUGAGGACUGUGGGAACAAGUUUUCAUCAGAUGGGGAUCAGGCGAUGCACAAAGAAAGUCUUGAGGAGGAGUUACAACAUAAAGUAGAAGCAUUGAACGUUUCGUAUGUGAGUCAUGCCUUCUCACAGAAAGGUAACCUAGUGAGGCAUAUGAGAGUUCAUAAAAAGGAGUAUUGUGAGCUUUUUAACAAGGUGAUCUCUGAUAAAAGUAAUCUAUUAAGACAUAUAAGAGUGCAUACAAAGGAGACGUCAUACAGCUGUGAUAUUUGCGACAAGAUCUUCUCACGGAAAGCUCAUCUCGUAGUAUGGCUUUUGGCCUUCUCAGAUCUCUUUGAUGGGAACGCUUCCCCAGUUUUGAGGUAA